AUGCCCCACACGCUUGCCCACCAAGGAAUGCCCCAGAAGUUUGUAAACAUAAUACGUUCUUUGUAUUAUCAGACUUCCGGACGUUGUGUUCAAAAAGCCUGUGAAGAAAACCUUGUCGAUCUGGAAUAUGCAGACGGCAUCGUUCUCAUGUUCGAAGAGGAGGAAAAGGCGCAAGUAUUCUUGGAUGAACUGACCAAAGUCAUCCCGUCCUUUGGUAUGCACUUUGCACCCACAAAGUGUAAGGUCAUGCUUGUGGACGUGCAGCUUUCAAAUAAGUCAUGGUUGUACGGCAGUGAAGCAUCGGUGUUGAACACUCAUGUCAUGCUGUCGAUGAUGAUGAUUUAA